AUAAUUCUCAUACAAUAUUAUACAACCAUAUUUAUACUUGUGUCUAGUUCUUGACAAAAACAAUUUUGCAAAACCAACAAAAAAAAAAUCAAGAUGGAGACACCAAAAUAUGUUAUAGUCAUAGUACUAGCAAUAAGCUUAACGUGUACGAUAACAAUUGCGCAACCAAGCUCAUCGGGGAUUAGUAACGAGUGUACCAAUGUGUUGGUGACCUUAUCACCUUGCUUGAAUUACAUUACCGGAAACUCGUCGACACCCUCGUCCGACUGCUGCACCCAGCUAGGCAGCGUGGUGAGGUCCUCGCCCAAGUGCUUGUGCGAGGUUCUUAAUGGUGGUUCCUCUUUGGCUGCUGGGUUGAAUAUUAAUGCUACACAAGCCUUGACUCUUCCUGCUGCUUGCAAUGUUAAAACUCCUCCUCGUAGCAUUUGUAAUAAUGCCUUAUCUCCAGCAGGAUCUCCAACCGGAAGUCCAACUCCAGGUGGGUCCAAAACAACCCCAACGACAGGUGAUUCAUCAAAUGCAAACAUGUCAAAAUUAACAGCUAUUCCAAUGUUGUUAGCCAUCUUAUACGUAACAUCGCGUGCUCUGGCUUUUUAAUGCUUCUGAUUCGGGUCGGGUAUUGUUUUCGUGGGCUUCUAAGCCUAUCAUUUUCAUGUGCUCUUUUAAUAUUUUUGUACCACAUUUAUUUUGUUUUGAGUGGAUUGAAUGAUUUUCUUUGUAUAAUACAAAUUUUGAGGUGUAAUAAAAUAUAUUUUUGUUUGUCAAUGGAUAUUUCUUUCG